AUGAACCGUCACUAUGUACCAAACUACACAGGUAGUCCUAGCUGGCAGGCGAAUGAUUUCUUCAAUGCACACAGCCGUACGCUAGGAUUAUCCAGGGAUAGAUUCCCGCACUCUUGGUUUGGUGAACUUUGGGCUGCAAUUCGCAGUAUACUAAGAAUUGGUGGUUCACAUAUUGAAGAAGCUCAGCUCGCACAUUCAAAGUAUUACUACCAAGGAUACUUUGAACCGCCAUACUCAACCAGAGAAUUGGCUGCUGCAGCGGGAUAUCAAGCGUUUUUGAUAUGGGAGAAUCAUCACACUAUACUCAUGCCCUCCUUUGUACCGGCUAUGAAGGAGGUUUUGGAGUGGAUUUCUGGUAUUGCCAUAGCUGAAUCCUGCAAAUUAUGCGAGGAAUUAGCGUUUACAAACGAGAAAGAUAUCCGAGAAGCCUGCGAGUGGGCAGCAAAAACGUCACAAAAGUGCUACGAGGAGACACAUUCACGUAUAAAGCGAUUUAGGAGGCACUCAGUUGGUAAUCAAAGGAGACAUCAGGAGUAUUACAAUAGCAAGUAUUUACCAGGUCAAUCUGAUACCAUGUAUGGUGGAUAUACGGGUUAUGACGACUAUGGCGCUCAGUAUGGUUAUGAGCAGCCGUAUAUGAAUGACGGAUACUAUGGCAAUGGGUUUAUGCCUAUGUCUCACUAUCCAUCUCAUUCAAAUUACGGAUAUAUGCCUCCUAUGGGAAUGGGAGGCCCUAUGGGUGGAAUGGGUGGAAUGGGCGGUAUGGGAGGUUCAUUAUUUAUAGAUAUAUUUACUUUACUAUUGUACUUAAUACCAUUGUAUUCUUUAUUUUUGCAACGAUUUAAAUAUCAGUCGGUGGACAACCAGAAGGAUAAUGAUGAAGAGGUUGACACAUCAGAGAAACUAACUUUGACUACGUUCUUUGCCCUUGGUAUAUCGAUGCUGCUACCUUGGAAUGCACUUAUACUGGCCUUGCCAUUCUUUGACGACGCAAUCCCAUACGAUUUCUUUCCCUCAUCACUCUCCGCUGCUUUCACUAUUCCAAACUUCCUCACUCUCGCCUUUGCGACGCUCACACAUCCCGGAUCGGACGUUGACAGUCGGGUGAAGCGUUCACUCAUGCUUAUGACUAUCCCUUUGGCCAGUUUGGGAUUCCUGGCUUACAUUUCUGGGACAUUUAAACCAGAAUUUCUGUACAUUUGUGUACUUAUUUGCGCAACAUGCACCGCCGUUGGAAGCGCUUACUUACAAUCAGCGGGCACUGCCGUUGCAAGCUUAUAUGGGCCUUCACACUUGAAGGCGAUUUUCACUGGACAAGGUCUCGUUGCAGUCCUAGUCUCUUUCUUCCAACUACUUCUACAGAUAUUUUCUAGUGGUACUCAGGAGGAUGUAGCGGCUGCGAACGCGAUUGCUAUAUUAUCAUCGUACGCUAUCUCAACACUCAUUUUGAUUGUCUCAGCGGGAAUUUUCUAUAAGCUGUCAAAAACUGCUACAUUUAUCGAAAUUACUUCCAACAACAAGCUUAAAACACCUUCACUUCAUCCAAUUGAGCUUAUGAAGCAGGUUAAUUCACGUGUAUGGGAAUAUGGUUCAGCGGUGAUGGUAGAUUUCGCCGUAACUUUGGCUGUUUUCCCAACAAUUACAGUCCUGGUACGCUCUUCUGAUCCAAUAGAAAGUCAACCUUUGUUGCUUCACUCUGUGUACUUCCCUUUGGUGCACUUUUUGGCUUUCAACCUUGCAGAUCUCGCAGGAAGAGCUCUUCCAUCUGUGGAACUCCCUAAGAGGUUUAAAAGCGCUACCAUUAAGACGAUUCAUCCAACAUCCUCCAAGGUUCUCAUUGGGAUGUCAGCUAGUCGGUUGAUUUUCAUUCCACUCUUCCUCGCGUCGAAUAUACCAAAUACCGCACCAUCAUUUCUCAAACACGAUUCAAUAUUCUUCCUUUUAAUCGCAUUCUUUGGCUUAUCAAAUGGAUAUAUCGCAACCAAUGUAUUCACCGCUGGUACAAAUGAGCAAUAUAAUGUAAAACUCAACGAGCCACUUUCAAUUCCAGGGGAGGAAGAACACAAUGCCAAAGAUAUUGGUGCAAGCGUUCUAGUUUUCUAUCUAACUGGAGGUUUGAGUAUUGGUAGUAUAUUAUCAUUUGUCGUCCCAACAUUCCUUAGAACAAUAUCAUAA